AUGACUAAGACGUUCUUCCUUUUCGAAACGGCCGCGGGCUACGCCCUCUACCAGAUCGAACAAUGGGAUCAGAUCGGCCACGUGGAGGCCAUGGAGGAGGUAUGCUCCUCCCAGGAGCGGUUCAAGGAGACCGUGAAAUUCAAGGCGUUCCAGCCCUUCACCACCGCCUCAGACGCUCUGGAGAACAUCCGUGCAAUCGUUGAAGGAGAGGUGACGCCGAUGCUCAGCGCCUUCCUCUCCCUUAACCUGCCCAAGAAGGGUACCCAGCUGGCGGUUGUCGACCCCGGUCUCGGCAAGACGCUCACUUCUAAGGGGUUUAAUGUGGUUUAUGACCCCAAUGUAGUUGAGCUGCUGCGUGGCUGCCGCCAACACGAGAUGAAAAAUAUCGCCAGGCUCGCUUCAGGCGCCAGCGCCUUCGACAUGGACAAAUUCCACGUCGGUCUGAGCCACAACUACAGCCGCAGCAAGCUGCAAAUCGACCCCAGGCGUAUGGACAAGCCGGUUAUCAAUUGCGUCGCCCUGUUGGAUUCGCUUACUAAGAACCUGAACUCCUUCGCCAUGCGCGUGCGCGAGUGGUACGGCUGGCACUUCCCCGAGCUGAUAAAGAUCGUCCCCGACAACAAGAUAUACUGCCAAGUGGUGCAGAUAAUCUGCAGAAAGGACAAGUUCGACUGGGAAACGGGUGCACCGGAGCUCCUCAAGGUGUUGGGCGACGAGGAACUCGUCGCCAGCGUGAAGAAAGCAGCUGGGCAGUCCAUCGGUCACGAGCUUUCGGAGCCAUGCAUGCAGAACAUCCUAAACUUCGCCAAGCAGGUGGUCAAACUUGAAGAGAUGCGCGAGCACCUCAACACCCACCUGGGCAACAAGCUUGCGAUCACUGCCCCCAACCUCAGCGAGGUGGCUGGCAACAUCCUGACCGGCAGGCUUAUCAGCCAUGCUGGCUCCCUUGUCAAUUUGGCCAAGAUGUCAGCAAGCUCCAUCCAGAUUCUUGGUGCUGAGAAGGCGCUAUUCCGCGCAUUGAAGACAAAGUCUAACACCCCCAAGUAUGGUCUCAUUUUCCAGGCCAACUUCAUUGGUCGCGCAAGCCUCAAGCACAAGGGACGCGCCGCCCGUUAUCUCGCCAACAAAUGCGCCUUGGCAGCUCGUCUCGACUGCUUCUGUGACGUUAACUCUAAUGUCUACGGCAAGCGGAUGGUCGAGCUGCUUGGCAAGCGGAUGGAGUACCUCGCUGGCGGUCCCCAGCAUGAGACCAGCAUUGAGGUGAUGAAGGCUGCAGCGCAGGAGUACCAGGCCAUAAAGGCGCAGAAGGCGGCGGAAAAGAGGGUCAGGGACGUUUCGGAGGACGCUCCGCAAAAGGAGUCGUCACAUGAUGAGCCCAUGUUACCGGUGUCGGCUGAUGUGGAGCCGGCGGUUCCCGCCGACGAUGCCUCCUCUGGUGCCGUCGCCGAAAAGGCAUCUAAGAAAUCCAAGAAGUCUAAGAAAGACAAGUCUAAAAAGGCUGACAUCGCUGAUAAACCAGAAACUGAGGAGAAGACUACUGCGGUCAAGGCCAGUCCCACUGACAAAGGCAGCUCGACUGACGCCGCCAAUGUUGAUGUGACAUCGCGUGAGAAGGAAUCGAAAAAGAAGUCGAAGAAGGCUAAAUUGGAGGGAGUUGCGUCUAGCAAGGAUGCUACGACGGCCCUUACUGACACUUCUUCAACUUCCGUAAAGACAGCCACAGCAGUUCCUGCUGUGGAGGCCGCUGUAACAUCAGCAGAAGAGGCACCGAAGAAGCACAAGAAAUCGAAGAAGGAGAAGUCGGCAGAUAGCACUGAGACGGCUGUUGUCGAGGCUGAGAAGCCCUCAAAGAAGGCGAAGAAGAACAAGAAGAAGGCAGGGUCGGAACAGUCCUAA